AUGUCGGCAACAUAUCCUACUAGAAUACGACUGACUGUCGAAAUCCUUCCCCUCCAUCCCUCAGAUUCAAAUGGACCACGUCGAGCUGCCACCCUCGCAGCGUUCCGGGGAAGGAGGAUUGCGCUGCCCGUUCAAUUGGAGGACACCUUCGACAAAGUAUGGAACUUGAUUGAGGAGAGGUACAAACGGAACUAUCUGACUCCGGCGCAAGCGUCGAAUUUCACAAUAAAACGGUUGCUGGACUUCGACGACUGCGAAAUAGAGAUGAGCGACACUGUCGGCUCCAUUUAUGAGACCGUUACUGAGUUGGAGAAACGUAAGGUCAAGGUUGUUCCAAGCUUCAUCGAUCGCGACUUCUCCGUAGCCAUCGCAUCGAACGUUGUGCCUGAAAACACCCUUAAGCGCUUGCGAGAAAUUGAAGAGCUGAAUGCAGGAAAUAAGAGAAGGCGAUUGGAAGAACUUCCACACGACAACGAGGACUUGGAUCGCACGCGAGAUCGGCCCGUCCCUUCUACCGAGUCCGACGAAAGCAGGGAAAUCCAUACUGGGGACAACGCUGCUCAGACAGCAUGCAGUGGAGAAGAGCAGUGGAGAUCCGCAUCGGCCAGUUCUAUUAUAUAUGUACAGGAUUCGCAGACCGGACUCCCAAAAUUCCAGCCCGACCCGAAGAUCGAAUCUCCAGAGUUAGGCGCUCAGUCGGUCCGCACUAUUCCCGAGUCAGAUGAGGAAUCAAUUCAUAGCCCUAGGCGUGUUGAUGUGGGUACACCUUCUACAGACAGACAUCCGUUUAAGAAGCCCUUACAACCUGCAUCAAAAAUGGCGCACAACAACCCCCGCCGUCGUUCUGAAUCACGCCAAGAGUCCUCCGUGGAAUCAUUCCAUAAGCCGCGUGAACAGAACAGAUCACCAGAGCUACAACAUGAGGAUAAUGAGCAGAUUACUCAAGAGGUGGAUGUGAAUGUGGAAGAUAGUCAAACCUUAGAUGAGCUGGAGCCUUUUAUAUCUCUAGAGGAUGAUCUCCCUCACAAGACUCCUUACAAUAAGUCAGCGAAGCGGCUCAAAACAUAUGGCGGUCGAUUCCCACGGACACCUAGGCUCCUCCAAGAAGAGAUGCAUCCCUUCAAAAAGCUUCGAUCCACCUCAACAGAGGCACACAAAAAAGGAAGUAACUCUUUAGGGGCACAAAAGAACCUAUCCGCCAAAUCUCGUUCUUUUCAACGACCGAAACCGGACGAGAUCGUGUCCACUCCAGAAGUGAACGGCGGCGUAGCAGCUUACGGAGAAGACUCUCCGAUUUUUGCGUCAAAAGUGCUUGCUUCUAAGCGAGGGUCCCGUCUAGCUCGAAAGGAAAGCCCAGCCCUUGAGGCUGGCCAAGAUACGGGCAACACGUAUGUGACGCCUGGGAACAGCCAAGUAGCGAAAUCUACUAGGCCAUUAAGUUUGAAGAAGCCCCCUCAGGUGUUCUGCAAGAUGCUCAAGCCAGGUACUAGUCCGAAGAAAAUCAUCGGAACCGAUUCGGCUCUGCCGACGUCUAACGAACUUGACGAGGUGGAAUCAGUGACCAACCCCACACCUCGACACGGCCUUAGAAAAUCUGCCAUAGGACUAUCAGAAUCUGGUGAAAAGUAUAGCACACCUACACCAUCUACUGUCAACGACACUUCGCAUACUCGGAUCUCUUCGAACGCGUUGGCUAAGGUUGACGCGCUGAAAGAAAAAUUAGCCAAGCGGAGAGUGUCCCCAAAGGUUGUCAUCCCAUCAAAAAAGCCAACUCCUGCUUCUGUUGAUCAACCUCCCGAGACGGAUGGUCCGCAACAGAACUUAAAGUCUCGAAAUGGAGAAAGUGACGCUUAUAAAUAUGGUAGUGCAGGGAAAGCUUCGGCCAGCCUCACAAUGUCGAAGAAAACAGCAUCAAAAGCGCCAAGGCCGUCCACGAUAUAUGGUAUUUCUACAGAUAUACUGCCACGUGGAAUGUCCGAAACGUCAGAAACAAGACCUACGCCAGCCAAGAGCGAAGUCCCUCUCCCCACAAACGUAAGACAUCUCGCUAGAGAUGGGGUUAGGAGUUUGGUUAGUGCAGAAGCCGUGGCAAAGAAACCUGAAAAGACUAAGAAGCCGAUAUCAACCACGCCAGUACCCGUACCAACAGUCGAAACGAGUAUCAGCAACUUGGUACGAAGCAUGUCUGAAUCAUCCACCUCGCGAGCUACGCCAACGAGGAGUGAGGUACCAGUUACUAGUAAAGCCAAGCAUCCCAAUAUAAACGGAAAUGACGUGCAUGGGUUGUCCCAGAAACUCUCUUGUUCGGAUGUUUCGAAGGGUCGAAGGGUAAUGAGCGAAGUCCCUUUGCCCGAAAAUGUCAGACAUCUCGUGGGGAACUCGCAGCCUAAGCCUGCAUCUGAAGAGCCUGAAUCAAAGGCAACCAAACGCCGGUGUCGCCAAUUACAAAAUGGCAUGACGGACUCAGCGUCAUCCGCCCCUGAACUUAAGUUGCCUGAACACCGUGGCCUCCUACAGAGGAGUGCCAUAGAGGAGUCAAUAUCCCUAGCGUCAAAAGCAAACGCUACAAAAGCACGCGGCGUGGCGCAAAAGAAUGCGGGGACAAUCUCGACCAUAGCGCCUAAGGCACGUCGACAAAGUUUUCUUCAAUUUCCUCCAGAAGAACGUCCAAAGAAGGUAGCCGAACCAUACCCUCAAUCAGCACCAAAGCCCACCACUACCGCGGAAGACGCUAUAUCGAUUUCUAGUACGAAGUCGGACACUUCUUAUGAAUCAACUGAAGAUGAGGUGCCUAGUGGAUUGACAACCAACGGUAGAGGGAAGCUACAAAAUCUUGAUGGACCUGCCAGCGAACCGGUAUCACUGUCAGCAGCGGCUCAUGCCCAUCAGGAGAAUGGAGUCAUUCAUGGCGGUGACGAGGUUCUGCCUAACGCAGAUAUAAACAUACAUGAGGUACUUGCAGCAGGAGAGCCAGAGGCAAACGAGGAUGUUUCAAAAUCAGCGCCAUGGGCCGCGAACUCGUGGAAUUUUGGAGCAGUCCAGCAGGAUGAGAAUAGUAAUAAGAACAUCGACGAGGAUGCCGCGUCAACUUCCAGCUCCAAAUCCCACUCCCAAUCAGCAUCAACGAACCCAUCCGAAGCUAACUCAAAUACUGGAUCCAUAUCGAAAUCAAGAUCCGCUUCCCGCGUGACAUCGACGAGGUCUUCGCCCGCAGUAGCCCGUACACCAGCUCGUUUUCUCACUCACACCCCAACGCCAGAAUCAGAAGGAUCGAGCAGUGGAGACGAAGACAUCGCGCCAAGUCCUAAAUACACAAAUAUUGAUGGCGAAGAAGGCGAUAGCGAAAGCUCGGCCAGUGACAGUGACAGUGGCAGCGAUAGCGACAGCGAUAUGGAGAUGGCAGACUCUGAUGUCGACGCCGGUGCAGAUCCCAAUACCACAGCAGGCGCCGUACCUCCAUCCUCUCCUCCACCAAUGCCCGAACAGACCCGAGUUCCUAUCCCGAGUCCGCCAAAGACCCAGAACCAAAGCCAAAGCCAACGAACAAUCCUGCCUUCACAAUCCCUUCCCCGGCUCUCACAAAUCCCGCACUCCCAAGUACCUCUCCCUGCCAACGUCCGCUCCCCAGCCCCAACCCCAGUUCCAGCUUCCACUAUAGCAGUCCACACCUCACACUUUGCCCAACCACCAUCCGCCUCCCGCGUUCGCCCCCCCAACGCCCGUUUCCCCAGUCUUCGUCAACAAAUCACCGAAGCUAGAUCGACGCCACAGGCAAGCUUGCCAAGUAAGGUGUUUGACCCUCGGACUCACAGUUUUGGGAAGCUGGUGAAGGCGAAAGCGCAGGGGAAGAAGGGGAAGGUGUUUGAGGUUAGUGAGAGCGAGAGCGAUGAUGAGAGUGAAAGUAGUAGUAGUGAAGAUGACGGGGUGAAGAGUAAGAAGAAGAAUAGUGCGGGAUGUUCGGUUGUUUGAACUUGAGGGUGUUGACAGUCUGUGUCGUGCGUGUAUAUUUGGGGGAGUCGUCGGGGUUUGAAAAUCCUACCGUGUGAAGGUAUCAGUCUUUCUCCCUCUUUUCUCAAAAGAUUUUCCUCGACCUCGUACUGCAUGCAUAUUUUGGUUGGGAUUAACAUUGGCGUUGUCAUUGAUGCUGGUUGUUUAACUGUGUCCGCCGCCGCCGCAACUCUAAGGCCCAUCCAGUCCCGCACUUUCUCGACCAUACUCAUACCGUGUAUAGUUAUUCCAUUCCAUCAUGCUUCUAGCGAUCGGUGAUAUUGGCGAUGGAGUCCAGGUCUAGCUACAAAGGGGGGUUAGCCUUCGUCAUGUCCUUCGGUGAAUUAUUUCAUCCUUCC